GUUAGUUAAGUCCAUCUCUGAGCACUGGAGGAGGUGGGCAGCCUCUCAGAAGAGAGGCCGAGGAGGUGUGGUGGGGGCCUGCUGCUCGCUUUCAGUGAGCUCUUCACAAACACAGCAACAAGAGGACCCUGCUCAAGGGAGGAGCUGACACUCCCUUCUGCAGCUGAGUGUGUGCCUGCUGUGUGCUGGGAGAUGCCUGAGGACUGAAAGACUGGCCUCCUAUCAAAGAGCAGGUGCCUCUGAGAUGAAAUACUGAUGUACUGACUCAGGUUUGUUUGAAAUGGUGAAGAUGUCAUCUGGCCUUACAGAGGAGCAAAAGAGAAGAAUUGAAGAGAACCGCCAAAAAGCUUUGGCUAGGAGAGCAGAGAGGCUAGCAGCCCAGCAAGGUGGGCAACUGGGGAUCACUGGGCCUCAGGUAGAAGAACAGAAUCCAGACAAUCGAGGAAGCUUGAAGCAAGAUAACAAUCAUGUCAGGUUCAUUAGCCUGCCCCAGCAGAAUCCAGACACUCCUGCGGAGCAGAAGAGCUAUCUUCAGAAAGAUUAUAAUAAUUACACUGCAAGCCAACAGAUGGCUGGUUCACAGGGAGAGCAACAAAAGAAUUGUUCAGAGGACUCAAAACAAGCAAGUGGCAUUAAGCAGUUCCCUACGUCGAUCCCAAAUUCUCCGAGUUAUUCCCAUCAACAUUACUCAGAUGGACAAUAUGGACAACAAGCUUUAAUUAAUCCUGGUACAUUCCAGCGGCCCAAGUGUUACCCAGCUUUCAAAAACCCUACAGAAGCAUCUCACCCUAAUUUAACUGGUAACAGGAACUCUGAAGGUAUUAAAGAUUUACAAAGUCAGAGCAAAUCUGCCAUAAAAUAUGCUUCAUCACCAAGCAGCACCACUCUGAGUUCUUCAGAAAUGGUGAUAAAUAUAAACAGACCAGAAACAGAAAGACAGGGGGGAAGUGGUGCCUUUCCAAGCAGUGGUAAGAUGCAGAAGCUGACCAGCCCUGCUGUUGCAGACUCUAUCAAAGCUGCCUCGUGCAAGAAAGCAAAUCCUGUCACAAAAGGAAAAUGUGUGAAAUAUGGGGAAGACCGUUUCCAGGUUGAAGUAGGGUAUAAUGCUGAACUUAUUGCUUUGUUUAAGAAGAUACCAACCAGAAAAUAUGAUCCUACUAUGAAAAAAUGGAAUUUCAGCCUAGAAGAUUACAGCAGUUUCAGAUGGUUUUAUCUUUUUCUCUACUGUCAUUUUCUGCAAAGAUUGAGAGAUGACAGAGAGGCAAGCGAGUCAGUGGAAGCAGCAAGUCAACUUUCCUCCGUGAUUCUGGCACCACUGGAAGGAGAAAAUGCAGUAGAGUUGUCAUCAGGCCCUCAUUUCAGCAGCAGUGGGGUUGAUAUGGUAUCCCUCUUGAACAUGUGCAAGAGCUGGAAGAAACCCUCAGCCCACGUCAAAGGGAAGUGUGUGCUGAUCUCUCGCUCUCGGUUUGAGGUUGAUAUUGGGUAUUCUGCAGAAGUGGUUGGAGUGUUCAAACAGAUGAAUUCCAGAAAUUAUGAUAUGAAGACCAGAAAGUGGAAUUUCUUACUGGAGGACUAUCCCAAACUGAUGAAAGUGUUCCAGAACCUUGUGUCUGUAGAAGUGGAGCCACUUCCUGGGACAGUCAUACAAGCCUUUGCUGCUCAAAUACAGAAUUCUACAUCACAGAAGAUGGAUUUUCCUGAUGCUGACCUUUCAGUAGUGGACUCUGAAAUUGUGACAAGCCUCAUGCCUUUUCAGAGGGAAGGUGUGAAUUUUGCAGUUUUAAGAAAUGGCCGUUUACUUCUUGCGGAUGACAUGGGCUUGGGCAAGACUGUUCAGGCAAUCUGCAUCGCUGCCUACUACCGAAAGGAAUGGCCCUUGCUGGUGGUGACUCCCUCUUCUGUGAGGUUCACGUGGGCAGAGGCAUUUCACAGGUGGCUUCCAUCGUUAAGACCAGGAAGCACUAAUGUUAUAGUGACUGGCAAAGACAGCCUAACAGCAAGUUUGAUUAACAUCAUCAGCUUUGACCUCCUCAGCAAAAUGGACAAGCAACUCAAGAGCACUUUCCAAGUAGUUAUUAUUGAUGAAUCUCAUUACCUAAAGAACAUAAAAACUGCGAGAUGCCGAGCUGCCAUGGCUCUCCUUAAGGCUGCGAGGAGAGUGAUCUUACUUUCAGGAACCCCUGCCAUGUCGCGGCCUGCAGAGCUCUACACACAGAUUGCAGCUGUCCAGCCGGGUUUCUUUCCACAGUUCCACACCUUUGGGCUCCGCUACUGUGAUGCAAAGAAGACGCCGUGGGGUUGGGACUACUCUGGAUCAUCCAACUUAGCUGAACUGAAAAUUUUGCUGGAAGAGUCCAUCAUGAUCCGACGUCUUAAAUCAGAUGUGCUAUCCCAGCUUCCAGCAAAGCAACGCAAAAUGGUUGUGGUAGCUCCUGAAGGCAUUAAUGCAAAGACCAAAGCUAUGUUGGCAGCUGAAGCUAAGAAAAUGGCCAAAGGAUAUGAAAGUAAACAACAGGAGAAGGAAGCUCUUCUCCUUUUCUACAACAGAACAGCAGAAGCUAAAAUCCACUCAGUCAUAGAAUACAUCUUGGAGUUACUAGAAAGUGGGAAAGAUAAAUUCCUGGUGUUUGCUCAUCAUAAAGUAAUGCUGGAUGCAAUAGUUGAAGAGCUGGAGAAGAAACAUUUCGACUACAUCCGCAUUGAUGGCUCUACACCGUCAGCUGAACGGCAGUCUUUGUGCCAGAAGUUCCAGUUCUCAGAGAAACAAGCUGUGGCCGUUCUGUCACUCACUGCUGCAAACAUGGGCCUGACACUGUCUGCUGCGGAUUUGGUGGUGUUUGCAGAGCUCUUCUGGAAUCCAGGGGUUUUGAUCCAAGCAGAAGACCGGGCGCAUCGAAUUGGACAGACCAGCUCUGUUAAUGUCCACUACUUGGUGGCUAGAGGCACAGCAGAUGACUUCUUAUGUCUGCAAGGGGAGAAGCACCAAUUGCUAGCCAGGGCUGCAGUGAAAUGGCCAAUGAUUCAAGAGAAAAUAAAAGUGCUGGGAGAAGCAGGGCUUUCAGAAACCAAUUUCUCCAAUACAGCUGAAUCUACUAAUUACUAUCCUAAGCCGGAUCCAAAGCAGAAGACCAUUUACGAACUUUUCCAGAGGACCUUCUCUGACAGCGAAGAUGAUACUGAUGUUGCACUUUUGGAAGCAGCUGAUGCUUGUUGUGCGUUUGACUCUGACAGUGCUUUUCAAGAUGCAGAAGAGAGGUGUUCAGUGAGUUCCCUCAAAAAGCGGCGUACCGAGGAGUUUAUUAAAGAGUAACACAGCAGAAGUGGCUGACGUAUAUUUUUAAUUAAAAAAAAAAUCAGGUAUUAUUUUUGAGUUUUCAGAAAUAAAAUACUUUAAAUUUUC